CAUUUCCGUUGUCAGGUGGUGCUGUCGCUGUGGAAAGAUGCGAUCAGCGAAGAGCACAGGCUUUUCCUUAAUUGCUCAUUUCAGUAACGGAGGCUGAACUACCCGAAACCCGAACCCUCCGCGGUCCCCCCGCUGUUCGGGCCAGAAGCUCCGCGUGUCCGCCGCGGCGUCAGGCCGAGCAACAUCCAUGUUGUGAGCAGACGACGCGGACUUUACCCGGCGGUUUCGGCUCUCGAGCUCCAGUAUGUCCAAGCGGCGCUCGUCGGAGAGGGGGGCUGGAGAGACCUCAGGCAGGGCCAGCAAGCUUCAAUGUCCUGGGAUAUCCGGCAAUAACGCCAAGAGAGCCGGGCCCUUCAUCCUUGGGCCUCGUCUGGGCAACUCGCCCGUGCCGAGCAUAGUGCAAUGUCUGGCCAGAAAGGACGGCACAGACGACUUCUAUCAGCUCAAAAUUCUUACGCUGGAGGAGCGAGUGGACUCUGCAGGGGAGACUCAGGAGGAGAGGCAGGGGAAGAUGCUGCUGCACACGGAGUACUCCCUCCUCUCUCUACUGCACAACCAGGACGGGGUGGUCCACCACCACGGCCUCUUUCAGGAUCGCGCAUACGAGGUAGUGGAGGACAUGGAGGCCAACAAAGUGCGCAAGAUGAAGAAGCGGAUCUGUCUGGUGCUCGACUGCCUGUGUGCGCACGACUUCAGCGACAAGACGGCGGAUCUAAUAAACCUCCAGCAUUACGUUAUAAAGGAGAAAAGACUAAGCGAGCGCGAGGCCAUCAUCAUUUUCUACGACGUGGUGCGUGUGGUGGAAGCCCUUCAUAAGAAGAACAUUGUGCACAGAGACCUCAAGCUGGGAAACAUGGUGCUGAAUAAACGGACUCACCGAAUCACCAUCACCAACUUCUGCCUGGGAAAGCACCUGGUGAGCGAGGACGACCUUCUGAAGGACCAGAGAGGAAGUCCGGCCUACAUCAGCCCCGACGUGCUAAGUGGGCGGCCGUACCGCGGUAAACCCAGUGACAUGUGGGCUCUCGGCGUGGUCCUGUUCACUAUGCUGUACGGUCAGUUUCCCUUCUACGACAGCAUACCUCAAGAGCUCUUCCGCAAAAUCAAGGCCGCCGAGUACUCCAUCCCAGAGGACGGCCGCGUGUCGGAGAGCACGGUGUGCCUGAUCCGGAAACUGCUGGUGUUGGACCCUCAGCAGCGGCUUACUGCAGGAGAGGUGCUGGAGGCCCUCAGCGGCAUCAUUUCCUCGUGGCAGACUGUCUCGUCGCUGAGUGGCCCUCUGCAGGUGGUGCCGGAUAUUGACGAUCAGCUCAACCACGUAGAACUUCUGCAAGAGGCCAAGGUGAUCGAAGAGUCUUCACAGUACGAGUUUGAGAACUACAUGCGCCAGCAGCUGCUGUUGGCAGAAGAGAAGAACACUAUCCACGAGGCCAAGAGCUUCCUCACCAAGCGCCAGUUUGGCAGCAUCCCGCCCGUGAGGCGCCUGGGCCACGACGCGCAGCCCGUCAGCCCGCUGGACGCCGCCAUCCUGGCACAGCGGUUCCUCCGGAAGUAGUCCUCAACCGCCCCUCCUGACCCCCAAUAGGCGAGAGCUGGAGACCCCCCCUCCCCCCACACAGACCACCAGAACUGAGCUUGCAUACAGGACGGUCAUAUUUGCAGGUGGGCUAGGCGGGGCACCGGGACAAACUGCCAAUUCGAACCUUCACACCUCCAGCCUGAAUCCUCCAGAGAGACGUGGAGUGUCCAGGAGGAAGAUCUGAACCAAAGGUUCCUUUCCCUCAGGUCCCCCACAGUCAGAUCUCACUGUGCAGCCAAACCUGACGGGGCCCAACACCAGGCUCGGCCUGCAGUGUUGAAGAGACGUUGAACCCCAUAUUCCUCCUCCUCCUCCUUACUGUAACACUUCCUCGUCAACUCUGGAUCCCCUGAGCAUCUCAGGACCAUGUAGCAACCCCCCCCCCCCUCUUCCUAGUGGUUCAUGGUAUUGCCUCAAGUUUGAUCACCUGAUCGCAGAUGUCACUUCUCAAUACCUCCAUUUCACCCUCCUCACUCGUCCCUGCUCCUCUCUGUCGUUUACUGUACUGAAAUGAUGGAGACUGGUCCCGUCUGUAACUCGGACUUCAAACAAUCUACCUCUCUGUCUCUCGUCUGUUGGUAAACCAUGCUCACUGUUCUGAGACAAGGGAUUGUAACGAUGGAGUCGUGAUGCCACCAGUGACACGAAGCAUUAAUGUUUUCUGUCAGAGUGAUCGUGCUUUGAAACUUUUUUUUUUUUUUGUGUUUUCUGAAUAAGCUUUUUCAU